UUCAUCUUCAUCAUUCCAAAAAAAUUCAAACCAUUUUACUACUCUCCGCAGAGCUGAAUUUCCAAAAGCCUUCAGACUUCAGUCCCUUUUUCCCCUUGCUUUGUGUCCGGUGAAUUCUAGGGUUUCGCCUAUUCUUCAACAAUGGAUUGGGGAACUGUAACCACAGAGGAUCUAAUUGAGGCUCUACGCGAAGUCGAGUGGUCAUCUCCACCACGUCCCUUCUCUGAAUUCUUCUCUCGCUUCACUUUCCCCCGAUCUUAUUCCAAAUGGAACAGUCGACUCAAGUGUAAUCUCUACUAUUACAGGACGAAUUACUUUAUUAUGAUUGUGGCUAUUCUUGCAUUGGGGUUUCUAAGGAAGCCACUUGCAAUUGUUGCUGCGCUUUUGACAGCACUUAGUAUUGCUUUUCUAAAUGACAGUUUUGCAGGUACUUUUAGUGAAAAGGUGACAAGAACUGUCAGACAGUUUUCACCUCAUUUAGCUGCAAAAAUGAGACCUGCACUCACGCCGGUUAUUCGAGGGCGUCCAUCCACUAAAAGAGCAAUAUUCAUUUGUGGAAGGCCUCGUUGGGUGUUUGUCUUUGUAUUCUCUAUAGUGAGUUUCUUCCUCUGGUUUGUUUCCUGUGGCCUUUUAACUGUCCUUUGGGCUUUUGGUAUAGGUCUUCUUGCCACUCUUGCUCAUGCAAGCUUCAGGAGUCCUAAUUUGAAGGCUCGCCUCAAUACAUUCCGUGAAGAAUUUCGAGCUGUCUGGCGUAACUAUAGUGAGCUGUAGCUUCAGUUGAGUUCCGGUUGCUCUACCAAUCUGCAAUUAGAUGUACUGAUUCACUCAUUAUAUUUUUCGUUGGCUUAUCUGUAAAUUAGCAUGGUCUAAUCAGUCUUGAAAUAGUAACAAGAAUGUGUGGUUCAGCAGUUUA